UUAAAAUUAAAAUGUCUGGUUUUAUGAGAUUAACAAAAAUCAAUAGGUUAAUGCAAAGGUCAGAAGAGAAUUUGAAAAAUUUGAAGUCCUUGUAUGCACCUCAAUUUUAUAGAGGGUAUGAUGACGAUUUGACUGUGAUUGGAAGAAUGAAGUAAAUUCCAUUGAUCUCAUAAGUGUAGUUGGUUAAAGAUCAAGCAACCCAAAAUGUAUCCUACUUCCAAAGAGGAGGAAACAUUCUAGGCUAGAAAUAUCUAGAGAUUCCCUGAACUCAGAGAUAGCAUGUCGAAUGAAAUUGAUUAAGUGCUUGAAUACAUGAAAUUGAAAAACAAUGAUAAAUUAUAGAAAACAUUAAAGAAUGUUAAAGGAAACAAUGUUGAUGAGAAGAUAUUUAGAGCAAUGGAAUAUGACAUACACUCAUUUAAACAAUUAGAGGAAAAGUGAUUAUAUUCAAAAGAGUAAAUAUAAAC